AUGGCGGAGACACAAAACAGCCGAGCGAAAGGGAAAUCUCUAGGAAAGUAUUGCGUUGCUGGUGGACCUGGCAAUGUCAGUUGCAAAAAUAAUUCAAAAACAGAAGGAAUAUCGAUGCAUCGGUUCCCUAGCGAUAGUUUUGUACGGGCAAAAUGGACUACGUUUGUCCAAAGACAUCGCGCACAAUGGAAGCCAUCUAGCACUUCGGUGCUUUGCUCGGCUCAUUUUGUUCUCACAGAUUUUGAACAACGGCUCGAUCUAAAUCUACAAGAUCCCGAAAAAUUCACAACAAAAAGAUGGCUGAAGAAAGGCUCGAUACCAUGUGUAGAUUGCAUUGUUUUAGAGUCACAAGUUCAGGAGAUUUCCGCUCGUAAAAGAAGACAGGUAAUAUGCAUAAAUUGUUUGUAUGCGCCAUUUUACAUAUUCAUAACAUAAAGCGACACUCUUGACGGCAUAAACUAAAGGCCCGUUAACACUAUGUAUAUAUAUAGCUUAAAAUAGCAAUUUUCGUUGCUAGUUAGUUCGCUACCAAAGGCGAAAUAUGAGAAAAUUAUAACUAAGAAAGCAUGAUUUGAUGUAUAAACGUUUAUAAUAUAGUCAUGUAGAUGUGAUAUGUUGUAUGUCAAUAUGGAUACGCAAGAUCGGUUAACAUUACGUGGGUUACACAUACUGUAUAUUAAUCUGCAAUAUAUGUCGAGUAUCAGAGUAAUCAAGAAAUAUACAUUUAUAAAAUAGAUGUUUUCAUGUUAAAUUUUAGCCAAGAUUUUCUGGCACCACUGCAGACUGUAUAGGCUACCAUGUUGCAUAUGAACAUUUUUUGUUCCAAUCUUUAGAUUGUUCGAAGCAUGAACUUGAAACCUGAAAGCUCUGUAACGAUGAAUGAUGGUAUCGACUCAGGGGUAUUACUUGAACAGGAGGUAGAAAAUGAUCAGUCUUGCCCACAACCAGACACAGAGCCACAGACUGUUACUGGAACUUCUACGGCGGUGUCAGAAUGUCAGAAUUGUGCUAAUCACAAAACGAAGUUUGGUCGUCUUUGGGAAACAUACCGAAAGCUGAAAUACCGGCACAGAAAAUUGUGUAAAGAAGCCCGUCAAUUGCAACAAAUGUGUAAUUCUCAGGUACUCUGUGAUAAAAUAAUGCUGUGGAUAAUGGUAAAACUACUGUAAUUUGGCUAAUUAACCCAUUAGCUGGCAAUGCACCCAGAUGCACCCUACUCUAGUAUCUUACGCUGUUCUGAACCCCAGACAAUUUUACUUGUCGGUGGCAGAGUACUGCCAGUUAAUGGGUUAAAAUGUGCUAUCUCAAACUCAAUAAGUAAUAAUCUCAAAUCUCAAUUUAUCUCAAUUUAUUUCAAACUCAUUAAUAAUUCAUGAGUAAAUUAGCCAACCAUAUUGCUUUAUUUUGCUCACAUGAUAAUACUGCAUGGAUACCUGGUGAAGUAUAUUGGUCCAGUCCUAGGACUGGAUCAAAAUUAAUUCAGUCCUUAGACUGGAUCAAAAUUAAUUCUCCUCACUUUAUGUAGUGAUUCACUCGUAUGAGAUAUUAUUCCAAAUCCUCCAAUUCGGACUGGACUAUAUUUCAAGUCCUUGCAAUUUGACCCAGUCCUCGGCUUCGUCUCGGAUUGAAUCAAAUUGCACAGACUUGAAAUAUAGUCCAGUCCUCAUAGUCGCAUUUGAAAUAUUACAUGAAAAAUAUAUGUUCAACUACUGAAAUUUCCAAUGUUUAUUUGUUGGAUGUUGAUUCUAUAAUGAAAUAGAUCAUAUUGUGUAGUGUAAAUUGAUGUUUUUCUCAAUUUCUAGAAACCUGAUUCAAAUUUAUCAGAGUAUUGCCAACAAACAGGGACUCAAGAAGAGGUCGAGACUGAUAGUGAUGGAAUUAUCAGUCAUGAUGCAGACGAGAAAGUUGGUGUGUAUGAGAGAGAUGAAGAUUGGGUAGCGAUGGAAGAAGAAAUAAACGAAGAGGAUUAUGUCACUGCUUCUGAAGAUGAACAAAUGAAUGAACCAUCAAAAUGUGACAUAAGGUCUGUAUAG